AGGGUUAAGCCGGAAUUGUGUAUGCAAUUCAGUGUUUUAUGACGAUGCAACAUACCUACUGAUUAAAUUACAAAUCUCAGAAUGAUCUGCAGAUUUUCCGAUAAUUCACUGGGGUCAGCAUCAUCGGCAGUGGAAGAUUCAACAGUGCACGAAGCACAAGGUGUUGAAGAGUCAAGUGCAUUUGCUCCGCAUACUUUCGGUACUAUACAUACAUCAGAGGCUACCAUAGAGGCUACUUCUUCAUCAACUUCCUCAUCAUCAAGAAAAAGGAACUCUGAAGCGACUCUUACAAAGGAUAUUUUGAAAUAUGUUAGAGACCAAUUUAAACGUCCAGCUCGAUCUCCUCCACCGCACCGACUCGAUGAUCGUUUCAAUAUUUUUGGUAAAGCUAUUGCAUUUAAACUUAACGAUUUGGCUAAGACGCAACGGAUUCUAGCAGAAAAGAUCAUAAAUCACUUGCAGCAAAAUUGGGCAGUUUAACAACAUAACAUACAGUUAUGGUCCUUUUUCCGAAUUCACCCUUACAACAAAGUCUUCCAAAUCAGUUAUAUUCACCUACAUCCUAUCAUCGCUUUAAUCAGAAUACUUCAUCAUAUUCUAAUCUACAAAGUCCUCCAAGUAGAUCACCAACAACGUCCUUUACGCAAUCAGUCGCAACCAUCACAAGUUGUU